AUGCAAACUUCUAACGAAAACUAUCUACCUUGGACUUUGCCAUUGAGUUUUGCACCAAUGUCAUCAAUGUCAUCAUUUCCAUGUUUACCUUCACCAUUCGGUGGUUUACCUAAUUUUCCAUUAAACACUUUUCCUACGGGAUUUUCUACUCCAUCAUUGACGCCUACAUCAACAUCGUCAUCGACAACGCCUUUGUCAACUGAAAGUACCGAUGUAUGGCAACAGGUAAAUGAUUUAUCACGAAAUUCAAAUGUGGACUAUAAUGAGUAUGCAAAACAAUUGAAUUAUUUAAUGAAAUUGUUCACUGAACAGUCGCAGACACAAGCACCAUCUCUUCUUACACCACAAGUUCUGCAAGAGUCAUUAACAUCAUCAGAUAAACGAGAAUCUUCGAAAUCUGUUAAACAUCCAAAUAAACGGACCGAAAUACCAGCAACUGAAAUGAAUGGCAAACAUCAUACAUCGAAAACGGACGAUAAUCGAUCAACUUCCACUUCGUCUACCUCUUCGUCACGUAAAUCAUCUACAAAACAACGUUUACCUACGACUAUUGAUCACAAAUCCGUUUCAGUUAGUCCUAGUCUAACAACUACAUCAUUAUCACCUUCACAACGUUCGUCACCAUCGGCGAUGUCACUAUUACCGACCGUAGCAAAUGUAUCGAAAAAUCCUUCAUCUACUGCUAGUCCAGCAACAACUCUAAAUACACCCGGUUUAGAUCAGUUAGCAUCAUUUGGUACUGGAUUUCCAUUUCCUUUUUUUCUACCGUCAUUUUUACCCACAGCAACAGGACAAACAAAUUCUAAUACACAUACUUCUACGCCUCCAAAUCCUUAUGCAUCUUUACCAUUUUCGUCGUUAUCUUCGACUUUAUUGAAUCCAACUGCAUUAUAUCCAUUUUUUUCACCGGAAUGGUUCCAUUCCAAACUAUUAGAUAGUUAUGGAAAUUUGACAGAUAACACUAACAGUAGCACAUCAACAAUCAAAUCUAAUGAUGACAAUAAUAAAGAUGUUAAUCAUCAACAAACGACAAAGUCAAAUCAAACUACGAAAGUUAAAAAACAUAAUCAACAUGUACCACUUGAUAAUAAAUCAAUUCCAGCAUUGAACUCUCUGAUGAGUGAAACAAAACCAAAAAAACGUGCAAAAUCUAUACGCGCUCUUACCGAAGAACAGGAGUUAUACGAUAUGAAUAAUAAAGUAUCAUCAAAAUAUCCACAAAUAAAUGCAAGUGCAGAGAAAAAUCCCAUCUUAAACAGUCAUUCUGAUCAACGUAUACGCAGUAAUAAUAAUUCAACAUCUACCGUCAAUUCUCCAAGUCUUCUUCAUUCAGCUUUGAUGAAAUCAUCGCUAUUAACUAAUUCGUUUACUCAUCAUGAUGUUGUUCUUUCACCUUCGAUCAAUUCUUUUUCUUCUUCACCAUCAGCUUCACUUUACGAUCCUAUAUUUGCUCUGACAUUAAAUCAACAAUUUUCCUCUAAAAAAGCUUCAAAUAGGAGUAGUAGUCAUUCUCGUUGUGAUCAAAAUAAAAUACGUGAUUUAUUACAACAACGUGAUAAUCAACAACAACAUUCUUUAUUUCAUGAUCUUCCUCGUGAAAUGCAUCAGCGUCAACAAGAAUUAGACGAUGAAAAUAGUAAAUCGUAUAAUUCUAUUUUGUUUGAUGACCUCUAUUAUAAUCAACAACAACAACAACAAAAUAAUUCAUGGAUAUUUCAGCCAGUUAGAGAUUCGAUCGAUGAUAGUGAACCAUCGAAUUCAAAUGGUCGACGAAGUAGUGGAACACUCACUCCAACUCAAACGAAGGCAAUUAGUCGUACCCCUGUGACUCCAUAUGCCGAUGAAUCACGAUCAGCUGACGAUGAUGAUUCGGAGGCUAAUUCUCGGAAAAGACGUAAAACCGAAGAUGUCAAUGAAGAAUUAGUACGCAUUCCAUUGAAUCGCUCUUGGAAGCGUGUGACUGUUGUACGUGCAAUAACACGAACUGGUGUACGUGGUGAUGUUUGCUAUUAUGCACCUUGUGGAAGAAAAUUACGUUCAUUUCAAGAAAUUGAUCGAUAUUUAUCGCGUAAAUCUAUUAGUGAUUUAAAUCGAUCUCACUUUACUUUCUCUUCAAAAAUACAUAUUGGAUUAUUUCGUGAACCAAAACUUGAUCAAGAUGGAAAGACAAUAUUUGAAGAUUAUAAUGAAGAUGAAAUUUAUGACCGUAUUCUCGCAAUAAAUCCAAAAUUUCAUCGUAUGAAAUGUGAAUAUGAUGAAAUAAAAACGAAUUAUUCAGUUGAAAGUCCUCCACCAUCCGUUUCAAGUAGUACAAAAGAAUUGCCUACAAAUAACAUAACAAUUGAACAACACGAUAUUGCUCGUCAAAUAUUCGAUAGUGCAAAAUUACGUUUAGAACAAGAAGAAUUAGCAAAACGAGCCGUUGAUAUAAAAAAUAAACGACAAAUAGAACGUGAAGCUAGACGACAGAUGCAAUUAUUCAAAGAUGUUAAUCAGCAAAAAUCAACAACAUCCGAUUCACACAAUACUAACAAUAAUAAACUUCAUCAUCAUCAACAAUUGCAACAAAAAGAUUUUCUAAAAGCUUUAAUUGAACAGCAAAAGUUACAGCAAGAAUUAGAACAUCAAAAACAAAUGCAACAAGAACAGCAAGAACAAGAACGUAAACGACAAGAAUUGUUUUAUAUGAAACAAAUGGAACUAAAAAAACGACAAGAAGAAAAAUUGAUGUUAUCUGAACAACGAAAAGCAGAGAAAAAUGCUAUUCGUGAAAAAAAAAUUCAACAAAAGUAUAUGGAGAUUGUUCUUGCUAAAGAGACGAAAAAAGUUGCUGAGGAUAUGAUAUUAAAAGAUUUGAAACCGUUACCAACAUUGAAAGCAGUUGAAAAUAUUCGCUUAUCAGUCGAUGCAUUUGCUAAUUGCUUGAUGGUUAUUGAAUUUUUAAAUAAUUUUAAACAAAUACUCAACAUACCUGAUAAAGCCAUUCCAACCCUAAAUUGUUUACAACAAGGAUUAUUAACAAAUAUUGCAUCGGCACCGACUACUCGAGAUAUUAAUUCUUUAUGUCAAAUAUUAUUAAAAUUAGCAUUAGAUGAUCCUGGCAUACCAAACCCAAAGAAAGGUUUAACUAAUUUAGGACAAAAAUUAUCCGAAGUAGAAAUCAAUGAUUAUACAUUCAGUGAAAUAUUACGUUUAUUUAUGAGAGAGCGACAUGGAUUUGAUGAGAAGUUAGCCGAGUGUUUAGCACAAAAUUCAUUUCACGCAUUAAAUGCUGAUGAAAAAGCAGAAAUUUUAGCAUUUUUAUGUAAUGAAUUAUUAUCAAAUAAAAAAGUUGUUGAUGAUAUUGAUCAUCAUCUAGAUGAAUUAACAACAUUAAGACAUGAUAAAUGGGAAAUUGAGCGACGAUUAAGACGAAUGAAAUUUGAUAAAGGAAGCAAACGGAGUGAUUCAAAAUUAACAGUGCCAAAAGAUAAAGAUGGCUCAGAUAAUGAUAGCAUAAACGAUGACGAUAGUGACGGAGAAUCGAUGCGAUGCGAUGAUGAAAAUAUUACUCCAACGACGACGACAGUGACUUCUAUAUUGAAUAACGUUGAUCCAUUAUCACAGCAAUCGUUAGCUGUUCCACCGUCUUCGCCUACCUACGAAGAUAUCGAAUCGAUAGACGAGACAAAAAUUGACGAUAUUGAUAAACGAAUAACAAUUGUUACGAAAAAACAUCAAAUUGUUAAAAAACGUGUUAUUGAAAAACAAUGUAAAAUACGUGCGUUACAUCUUGGACAAGAUCGUUAUCGUCGACGUUAUUGGUAUUUUCCACAAAUAGGCGGCGUUUAUGUCGAAGGUUUAAUGUCCGGUGAUAAAACUCCAGCGGAUGUACAGCUUUAUGUUGAAAAUAUAACAAAAAGACGUUUAGAGCGAAAAUACUCGGGACAUGAUAUCGGACAGAUGGCAAAUACGCCUCUUUCAUCCUCGCGAACAAUUCAACAACGAAAAUCUGAUCUAAACAAAUUGCCUCAAGACGAUGUUAAGACAACUGCUAUUCCUAUAAUUACUGACACAAUUGAAAAAAAAUUAGUCGAAAAGCCAACACCGGUGAAUGAACGCGAAACAGAAGAAAGUUCGAAUGAGACAAGUGAUGACGACGGUGAGGAUGAUGCGGAUAAUCCUGAACGUGAGGAAACGAAACUAAACGGUCAAACAGUCACGUCGACAUCAGGAAUCGAUGACGAUCAAAAGUUAUUAAAUGACAUACCAUCGAAUGACAAUGAUACAAAUAGUGAUGAAUUAGCCACGAUGGAUUUAACGGCAUUUUGUCUCGCUGUUAAACGCGAAAGUGCGGCAGCAGUAGCUGCGGCUACAGAACUUCAACAGCAACAAGACAUAAUCAUAAAACCAAUAGUUGAAGAUGAGAUAAAAACAGAGGGGCAACAACUGGAAUAUGAGCAAAACAAUGAAGUGAAUGGAGAAAAAGGACUCAUUAGUUAUGGGAAAUAUUCGAACCAGGCGUCACUGAUAAACACAAUCGAGACUGCGACAACCAUUAAAAACGAACCGUCAUCGUUCGAUCGUAUCACGACUGAUUUAUUACAUCUAAAUAAACAAAAACUAACAAAUUUACAGCAAUCGGUUACUGAUCACGUCGACGCAUAUGUACGAAAUGAUCAAAAUAAUAGUUCUCAGUUAAAAAAACGUUUAUCAAACGAUUCGUACGAUAAUAAUGCUCCACUCGAUCUCUCGUGUUCAAAACCAAAACGUCAAUGUAAAAAUGAGUACUGGAUAAACGAUAAUAUUAAACCAAUGACGUUAAGUAGCUUUGAUCAAUUUCAAGAAUUGAAUGGUCUGGCAACAGCAGCAUUAUUAUUUAAUAAUUUUAAACAAGAGCAACCAAACACGGUGAUGGAUUUAAGUAAUUCAAAUUUACAUAAUAUUCUAUCUAGUCAAAUGAUCUUAAAUUCGUUCUCACCAACAUCUAUUCCUCCUACUACACCGAUGAAAAAUGACUCAUACUCAUCUGUCAAUUUUAAACAUAUAGAGACAAUGGUUCGUGAUCAAAUUCAAUAUCCAAACCCGCUACCAAUACCCGAUGAAUUUCGUUCCGGAUGGUGGCGUAUUCAGACACCUGAAGAAUUACGUACGCUAAUGAAACAAUUAGCUAAACGUGGUCAACGUGAACGUCUAUUAUGUAGAGCACUACAACGAAAUUUUGAUUCUAUAUCAACCACAAUGAAAUCAGUUAAACAAGGUCUCGACUUAGAAUCGAAUGACCAACAUUCAACUGAAAAUACACUCGAUGAAACGUCGAUGACUACUGUUGUUGAUACGGAGCAACAGACGGAUCAAAUACGUUUACAACAAGAAAUGGAUGUUCUAAAUGAAAUAUAUAAUUUAUGUGAUAGAAUUGUUGGUGCUAGUUUACAAUGUCGAUCGUACGAUAUGCAAUCACCAAGAAAACGUUUAACUCUAAAUGAUAUUUUGCUAAAAGGUUAUGAACCGUUGCAGGAAGCGAAACAUGUAUUGAGUGAAAUUGAACGAAAUAUUGAACGAAGAUAUUUAAAACAUCCAUUUGUUAGAAAACAUGAACUGAAUCUAACAUCUCUAAGUCGUACUAAUCAUAUCAAUAAUAAUAAUAGUUAUUCAAACGAUCCACCAUCGAAAUAUGAUGAUGCACCACAACAAUUAGAACGUUGGCGUCGUACCAUAAAUGAAACACGUACACCCGCUCAACUAGCAUUGUGUUUAUCACAAUUAGAACGUUGCAUAGCAUGGGAAAAGUCGAUAAUGAAAGUGAUAUGUCAAAUAUGUAAUAGUGAUGUAGAUGAAGAUAAACUAUUGUUAUGUGAUGGAUGUGAUAAAGGAACGCAUACGUAUUGUUUUCAUCCAUCACUGGUAAAUAUUCCGUCUGGGGAUUGGUAUUGUUAUGUAUGUAUUGGAAAAGCCAAGGGUGAAGGUCUGUGUUUUGUAUGUGGAAAUAAAAAUGAUGGAAAUUUAAAUCGAUGUGAAUAUUGUGCAAAAUUAUUUCAUGAAGAUUGUUUACAAAAUGCCAAACAUCAUCGUGGAAAAUGGUUAUGUAUUGCAUGUGGAGCCAAUGAAUGUGAUCGAUCAAAAUGGAAAAUUGGACGUCAAACAUCUCGCUCGAACAUAGUAACUAAAACACCUAAUUCAAAAAAACUCUCUCCAAAUACAAAUAAUUCUACGAAUGGUGACGUAGUACCGUUGAAACCAGUUUCGUCUCGUGGUCGUGGUCGAGGUGGUGGUGCACGUGGUAUAUCAAAAAAUCGAUCAUCAACAUAUAACAAUGAAACAGUACCAGUACUUGAUUCAUUAUCGAAUUGUUCAACGGACGUUGCACUUACUUCAUCGAAUUUAAAUGAAUCGUCUUUAUCUACGAUCCAUUCGCCUAAUACAAAUGAUCAAAGUCAUGAUAUAGCGUCGGUAACAAAUAACGAUGACGAUACAAAUAAUACUUGUAAAACGAGAACUCCAGUAAAACGUCAAAAAUUAUCUAAAACAUCUGAUACAGACAUAAAAACAUGCAAAACCAUAUUAAAUGAAUUAAUUAAAAAUGAAUCAUCAUGGCCGUUUAAAAGUCCCGUUGAUAAUAAACAAUAUCCAGAUUAUUUAGAUGUUAUUAAACAGCCAAUGGAUUUUCAAACGAUGAAAAAGAAAAUGAAAACAAAUCAAUAUGAGAAAAAAGAUGAUUUUGUAAUGGAUGUACGAUUGAUAUUCGAUAAUUGUGAACUAUAUAAUGAGGAUGAUUCUCCCGUUUGUCAAGCGGCUCAUCUACUACGUACUUAUUUUGAGACAAGAUGGACAAAACAAUUUGGCUAA